AGUGGCCGGUGCGGCGACAACGCUGGUUGCCGUCCUGACGAACACCACAAGCCCGCUUCCGCAUCGACUUGAGCAUUCCUCUUCAGCCGUGCGGGCUCGUUCUCUUCCUCGUUGCAUUCCUGCUGCUUGGACGUUGUGCCGCGCAUUCCCAGUCGUCCUGUUUCUCGGACCAUGAAUAUGGCCUGCGUCCUGCGUGAUCGACCAACAUACGGAAGAUAGUACACACAUCGACCGCGCUGUCGCGCGCACAGAAGAGAGAGCAACCAUGACGCGGAGAAUCGUGCGCACAUCUAGCCAGCUGGGCUUCCUCGUACUUCUCCUCGUCUUCCUCGUAUACCUCCUUGACACACGAUAUCGCGUCCUCCCCAGCGCGAUCCACACCCAUCUUCCCGCACACCACCCAGGACUGGUCGUAACCGACAUAACUGUAAAGACGUGCUCUUUCUCCAGCUGCAAACUCGAUCCGGCCGUCUGGCAUCGCAUUGAGAAGGACCUGUUUCUGAAAUCAGGAUGGAUCACGAAGUCGUACGUGCACAUCCAGCGCAAGAAGGAGGAGGACCUCAAGCCCGAGGACAAGGUCGUCAUGGAUGUCAAGGUCGGAAGACUAGAUCCAGGAAAGCAAGACGGCGCCGAGAACGGGGAGUUGUGGGAGAAGAGGCCCGCUGGCCUGUGGAUCAAGCGCAGUGGGAAGCGUCAGGAUAGCGAUUCGAAAGAUGUCGUCACUGCCGUAGACGUCCUCUUCGGUGCGGACGCCGUGGAACCCCGUCCGGGCUGGUCCAUCCGCGAACAAGCUCUUCUGCUAGAUUAUCCACGCGACGCCCCCGAAGCACGCAUCACUAUUCGGCGCGGCAGCCCCAAGAAAAUCGACACGCCAGUCCCAAGAGUACGCAAGGAUGGCAAGUUCAAGAUUAUGCAGCUUGCAGAUCUGCAUCUCAGCACGGGGCUGGGGACAUGUAGGGACGCGGUCCCCCCGAGCCCUGACGGGAAGUGCGAGGCGGAUCCGAGGACUCUAAGCUUUGUCGAACGGCUGUUAGAUCAGGAGAAGCCGGAUUUCGUCGUGCUUUCUGGGGACCAGGUGAAUGGGGAAACGGCGCCGGACGCUCAGUCGGCAAUUUUCAAGUUUGUCGACAUUCUAGCCUCGCGUAAAAUCCCCUACGCAGCUAUCUACGGCAACCACGAUGACGAAGGCUCCCUGAGCCGACAGGCAACCGCUGACCUACUUCAAACGCUCCCGUAUUCCAUGACCCAGUCUGGUCCCAACACCAUCCCAGGUGUGGGUAAUUACUACAUACGCGUACUAAGCCAUACGGGACAUCAUGCAGCCUUGACCAUGUUCUUCCUAGACACCCACUCGUACUCGCCAGAUGAGCACAAAUACAAAGGUUAUGACUGGAUAAAGCCCGAGCAGAUCCAGUGGUUCAAAGCUGCGGCGGAGAGCCUAAAAGCGGAUAACAAGAAGUACAGUCAUAUCCAUCUGGACAUGGCUUUUAUCCAUAUACCGCUCCCAGAGUACAGAGAUGGAGGCGUGCUUGUUGGUGAACGUCGCGAACCUCCGACAAGCCCUGGCUACAACUCCGGAUUUAGAGACGCUCUCGUUGAGAUGGGUGUUCCAGUUGUGUCUUGUGGACACGAUCAUGCUAAUGACUAUUGCCUGCUUUCCGAGAAGCAAGGUCAGUUCGACCUUCCAGAGCGUCGCAAACGCGCCCCGCCUCCAGCAGCAGAAGACUCUUUCCCCCCAGGCGACGCAAACAAGGAUGCUGAAACUGGCGACUCUACGGAUGCGCCCGUGCAGGAGAACAAACCAACUCCAGCGCAAAGAAAGAAGGACGACAAGAUCUGGCUCUGCUAUGGUGGCGGUGUUGGCUUUGGCGGCUAUGGCGGAUGGAACGGCUACAUUCGCCGCGUGAGAUUUUUCGAACUUGACGCAAACGAGGCGAAGAUCAGGACGUGGAAACGAGUCGAGUAUGGAGACGUGGCAAGCAGAAUUGACGAGCAGGUUAUAGUCGAUGCUGGCAAAGUUGUUCGUAAUUAGCGGACCGCGGAGAGCAUGCACUUAUUGGUGCGGGCAACGGGAUAGCAUUGGGAGGCGCAUAUAUGGAUUGAACGUGCCUCUUUGGGACAUUUCAGAGAGACACCAAAACUCGCAGGGUUAUCACCUAGCUAGAUAGUCUCGGUGCUUGUGUGCUUUCUUGGGCGUUAUCAUGCAUCAAGCCAUCACCUAACCUAUGGAUCUCUUUGGCCGGCGUGCUUGAUGAUUGGAGAGGCAUCUUUGCGCGAAUUCAAGUUUGUCAAUGCUUUGCUCUGAUCCUUUUGGCUGACUUUAUAAAACUUGGGGAUGUUUUUUUUAUGAUCAAAGUAGAAUCGGUUGCGAGCUAGCUACGCAAUUCACUCGACUGGUU